AUGGCCGGCGAUCACGACAACGAUGACCUGCCGCAGCCUUUUGACGCGAAGAAAUUAGCCCCUGCUAAUAAGCGACAACGAUCUAUCUCACCAAGCGGAAGCGGGAACGCGAGCGCCGCGGGUGACCCCCCGCGCAAGCUCAAGCGGCCCGGCCAGCGCGCCCGCAUCACCGACGCCGAGCGCGAGCAGAUCCGGCAGCGGGCCCUCGAACGCGAACGACAUGCCCAGCAACAGGCGGCGGCAGAGGAGGCGAGGCAACGGUCGGGCAUCAACGACGUGGUGCGCGCGCACUACAACGCGGUCCCCGAGCGCGGUCGCGAGUGGCGCAAGACAGACAGCCGGAUCAAGGGCCUAAGGUCGUUCAACAAUUGGGUCAAGAGCUGUAUCAUUCAGAAAUUCUCGCCUGAUGAGGAUCACGCGCCCGGUGCGAUGGAGCAGGGGAUCAGCUCUGGGAAUAAGCUACUUGUGUUGGACAUUGGGUGUGGCAAGGGUGGGGAUCUGUUCAAGUGGCAGCAGGCGCCACAGACGGUGGAUUUGUAUGUUGGCCUGGACCCAGCGGAAGUAUCAAUUGAUCAGGCACGGGAAAGAUACCGGAGCAUGUCCAACCGCGGGGGUGGGCGAGGCGGCAGGGGCGGCCAUCGGCGCCCUGCCCGUAUCUUUGACUCUCGCUUUCACGUCAAGGAUUGCUACGCCGAGACGAUUGGCGACAUCGACAUUGUGCGACAAGUCGGGUUCUCGGGUUCCAGCGUCAGCAGCAAUCGUGGGUUUGACGUCGUCAGCAUGAUGUUUUGCAUGCACUACGCCUUCGAGACCGAAGAGAAAGCCCGGCAAAUGCUCAAGAACGUGUCUGGCGCCCUGCGCAAGGGCGGGCGCUUCAUCGGAACCAUCCCCAACUCGGAUGUCAUCACCAACAAAGUGGUUGCUUUCAACAAGCGCAUGGAAGAGAAGAAAGCCAAGGCCGCUGCCGCUGCCUCAACCGAAAAACCGGCAUCCGAACCAGCUCCGUCCAACACCACACCCGAACCCUCCUCACCAAAAGACGACGGCGAACUCGAAGAAGGCGAAGCAGAAGAUGAAAAAGAGGAAGGCGAGGCCGAAGAGACAGCCUCAUGGGGCAACGACAUCUACCGGGUGCGCUUCCCGGGUCCGACCCCGUCCGACGGGAUAUUCCGCCCGCCCUUCGGGUGGAAGUACAAUUUCUUCCUGCACGAGGCCGUCGAGGAGGUGCCCGAGUACGUGGUGCCGUGGGAGGCGUUCCGCGCAUUGGCCGAGGAUUACAAUCUAGAGUUGCAGUACCACAAGCCGUUCGCCGAGGUGUGGGAAACGGAGAAGGACGACCGCGAGCUGGGCGCCCUGAGCGAGCGCAUGGGCGUGCGGGACCGCUCGUCGGGUUAA